CCUGCCUCCACCCUCGCCCGACCAACCGACCUGGACCGGGCUGCGCCGUCCGCCCUGCACUCCGCUUUCUCCUAACUGCCUGCCUGCUAGGUACCACGGUACGUACUGCCACUGCCACUGCCGCUGUGUGUGCGUGCGUGCUGUGCCCGUCAGCCCGUCUCGCCGCCUUUCCGCCAAUACCUCUUGCUGCCACGGCUGCCGCCGUCGUCUCUCUCCUCCCAAUCGCCUGCAUCGUCGACUCUGCCGCCGCCCUCCCCCCUUCCUCGCGCCCUCUGCGUUGCCGCCAGUGCUCCAGCCAUUGCACGACGCGCGCGCCCCUCUCCGCCCUUCUGCAUGCGCAUGCCCGGCCUGGCGACUCCGGCUCUCGAGUCCUCCUCCCGUCCUUGAUCCUCCCGUCGCCCGUCAGCGGUCAGCCGUCAGCCGCCCUUGCUCGCCAGUACUCCUCCUCCUCCUCCUCCCGCGAAGCGCGAAAGGGCCUGCCAUGUCGUCUCCCCGCCCCCGAAGCCCGCGGAGCCCCUUCUCCGCCAGCGACCGCUCCUCGACAGAGACCAUCCUCGACAAGCACUCGGAAAAGUGCGAAAAGUGCAAGCUCGAGAGCGAGCGCAGCCUCCAGCUCGGCGUGCCCCUGAUCGCCCUCUUCCGCCUCGCCAACGCCAUUGCCGGCUGCGUCGCAGUCGCCCGCAUCCACCAGACCGUCGACGCAGGGUGGUGGGUAUGGGAGCACAAGGUCCUCUUCUCCCUCUGCUGGGUCAUCUUCUUCUGGAACCUCCUCGUCGCCGGCGGGAGCAUCCUCGGAUACGCCUACUGGCCCACCCCGCGCCGCACCUUUGGCAUGCCGCCCAUCACCGUUACCGUCAACGGCUACAACCUCGUGUCCUUUGGCGGGCCCGACGAGCCUGAUGCCGACCGGCGGCGCCGCAUGAAGCGCGUCCAGGUCUCCGUGUUCGACAUGGUCCUCACCAUCCCGACCAUGGUCCUCCUCAUCUGGUCCAAGACGGGCAUGGACCCCUGGUGGGGGAGCCGGUAUAUCGGUCUGUGGCCGCCGACCGUCACACCAAUCGCUGUGCUCAUUGCGUUUCAAUUCCUGGUCGCCACAGUCCAGCUCUUUGAAAUCUUUGAGGCCCGCGUCAUCGGCAUAAAGCUGGACAUGUACGAUAUUUACGAGAAUGAGGAGAGGCUCGGCCGCCUACGCCUGCGAGCGUAGUCUGCAGCUCAGUCGGGGGUCAUUUUCCAUGCUUUUUAUCAUUUCGCACCUAGCAAAACAAGAAAAACGAACUCAACUUUGCGCGAGAUCAGUCGAAGUCCAGACUAGCAAUGGAAAGCGCGCGCGACGUGUGUGUUGGGGGGAAAUUGCGAGCUUUCUUUGAAAGCCCGCCCAGCUCGCCAGUUCGGGAGUAUAUUGUCGAAAAAACACAUCCGCACGCCCGCACGCACAGAGAGCAAGUAGACAAAGGGCACAGGAAUACGUAUAUGGCGUUCAUGGGAGUUCUUACUGCAAAGGGCACACAUACACACAUUGUUCUGGGGCUUUGGCGACGCAAAUAGCUUGGAAUAUUCUGUUAUUGAGUACAUUCAUCCGUC